AUGAGUUCGAGUUACAUCGGCAAGGUGGACAAGGCACGCAAGUACGCCGAGGAGCCGGAGCGGGUGAACAUCCACACCUUCGAGGCUUCCUUCAUCGGCAACCACAACACUUAUCGGGUCGCUUACAGCGAAGGGGAUUGGAGCUGUGAAUGCGCCUUUUUCGCCACCCGACGCGUGUGCAGCCACACCAUGGCCCUGCAGCGAAUGCUCGACGAGGUGCUGGCAGGACACGCUGCCGAAGCCGCCGCUGACUGA